ACAUCCUGCGUGUCCCAUUCAAUGCAAAGUUCCUCUUUCAUUUAAACAUCCUGCGUGUCCCAUUCAAUGCAAAGUUGUACACCUCACAUCGUAUGGGGAAACUAUAAUGUCGCUUAAAAUCUUGUCAAUCGUUAGAUACAUACUUGAUACCGAGCAUGUUUUACCAAUUAUUUAAUUUGAAAAUAUUCUUUCAAUAUUACUUGUUACUGGGAUGUAUUUUUGGAGUCAUACAAACGGAUGAGGUUGAGGCAACACUUCUGAUAAGAUGGGAAACAACGUCUAUAAAUUAUAGGUUAUGUCUGAUAAGGACAAAGUUAUAUCAAACAUUUCAAGACUCAUUAUUUAACUUAAAAACUACAACAAUUACUAUAAGUUAUGACUUUCUUGUUAAUGAUAUAGUUGCGAACGCUAUUAAUAGCAGAGUUUCAUUAUCGAAAAGUAAUGAUACUUAUAUCAGUUGUGACAACGAUCAAUUUAAUAGAACCAUUGUUUGCAAUAGAAAAAGUAACAGUAAUUUAAAUUGUACUAAUGAAACAGUCAUACUAUGGACAUAUGAAGAUGAAUACCUAAAUUCCGUACAUUUAAAAAAUACAACAAAAGAUUGUGUCAGUGGGAAGAGGACAUUUAUAUACACAUUACAAGACAGUGGUCAGUCAACAAGCUAUUUACCUACGGCUGUAGGAAGCUCAUCAAAUUUAGCAUCAACAAAUGUAAACAGUCAACCAGAAAACUCGCAGUCUGAUUCUUCAGGCAUUAUAGCGGGCGUUGUAGUCAGCAUCGUAUUAGUCAUUCUUAUAACUAUUAUUGUAGUCUACAUAAAGAAACGGCGUGAAAAGGAGUCGCCUCGUCUCAGUGCAUCUAAUAUUAAUAACUCUAGGACUGGGAAUGAAUAUCAGCGAAAGAUAUGUAACAAGCCUAACAGCUCAUCAAAUAUAACUUCAGAUAUAUCAACCCUUUCUACACACACCUCUCAGCAGUAUGUGAACACACAACAUAUAUCACCUAACAAGGGAGCAUAUUCACUAUCAGAGGCUGAGUACACAGGAAUAGACGACGAUCUACAAAGUACCCCAGCGCCAGAAGACGACUAUAACUAUAUUGAUGAUUUCCACUCUGAUGCAGAGAAAGAUGUGGCAAUGCCUGUUGAAGACGGGUACUCAAACAUAGAUCCGACGACGAACGAUUACAAUGAAAUAGACGACGGUGUAGAGAUCAGGCACACUGAAGAUAACUCUAGCAAUAGUCUACCAGAAAGAAGGAAAGACGUGUACUCAAAACUAGGUGAGAAACUACGGUCGUUUCAAAACACGUAUGGUGUUGGGGUUGAUAUUUGUGAAGAAGAGAAUGUUGAAGAUGAACUGAAAGAAAGUGAGGCGUACUUUAGUCUAGAAAGUGCGCAGCAAGACUAUAAUUUAGAUGAAACUGUAGAUAAUUGUAUCGAUAAAGAACAAGUAGAUAAUGUUGUAGACGAAGUAGAAGAAGUAUUAGAAUGAAAUGAUUGACAGGAGAAGCUUUACAUUUUUAAAACAAUUGUUUAAUGAAAGAGUGUGUGAGCGAUAGAUAGAUAGAUAGAUAGAUAGAUAGAUAGAUAGAUAGAGAGAGAGAGAGAGAGAGAGAGAGAGAGAGUUAAAUAAACGAAAAUGUUAAAAUAUA